AUGAAGCUUUUCGAGCGAUUCAGCAAGUUGCUGUCAAACCUCUAUACAACCACACGUACCUGGCUCCACCCCUCUCAUACCAGCGAUGAAAUUAAAGUGCAAGGCAGCUACAUCUUCCCAGCAGAGUCAGAACCCCAUGAAGCGACAAUCAUGGGGUUACCAUCUCGAUGUUCUCUACCCCCCGAUCAGUAUGAUGCUAUGUGCAAUGAAUUAGCUCAACUAGCGGCAGCGAUCACCGAAUUCGAACCAGUUCGGCUGUACGUGAGGCCCGAAGAAAUCCAAUCGGCCGAGUCCCUAGUCAAGACGUUUGUGGAAGACGCAUCAAAGAUAUCUAUUAUCCCAUGUCCAAUCAACCACUGCUGGGUACGCGACACAGGCCCCGUCUACGUGCGCGACAUGACAGGCGCAUUUCCGAAUCGCCGCUUUGCAAUCAACUUCCGGUUCAAUGAAUGGGGCGGGAAGAAACCCGAAGACGACGGAAUCUGCUGGGGCCAGCAAUGGCCGUUGAUGAACGAGAAGGCGCUACAUGAAAACGCGGAUUUUGCGCGGUGGGUAAUCGAGCACGACCGCGAGCCCAGCCCUGUUACGCAGAUCGAGACUCCGAUUCGCGCCGAGGGUGGCGGUCUCGUUACCGACGGCGAAGGAACCCUGCUUAUCACGGAGAGUAGCAUUAUAUGUGAUGUGCGCAACCCAGGGAUGUCCAAGGCCGAGAUCGAGAUUGAAUUGAAGCGGCUGCUCGGGAUUGAAAAAGUGAUUUGGUUCCCUGGGCGGCGCAAUGUCGACAUUACCGACGUGCAUAUGGACGCUGAGGCGAGAUUCGUGUGCCCUGGUGUCAUCGCUUACUCAAAGCCUCAUGCCAUUGCGAUUGACCUGUGGCAGGAGCUGUCUAUGGAGAUUCGGGAGAUUCUGGACCGUGAGACAGACGCUAAGGGUCGGCGCCUGCAGAUCCACACCAUCGAAGAACCCGACCCACGCGGCUUGGUGAAGUCAGAUCACGACGAGCUAUCGGCAAGUUACGUGAAUUUCUAUUUUGUUAAUGGGGGACUGAUAAUCCCUAAAUUCGGUGACGAGGAAAGGGAUCAAAAGGCUCUGGAAAUGUUUCAGGCGUUGCUCCCUGAGCGGGUGAUUCGGCAAGUGUAUGCCAACGCCAUUCCCCUUACUGGUGGGGUGCUUCACUGCGUCACUCAGCAGGUUCUGCAAUAA